AUGUCACUUCACAUUCCGGCCGGUGGGAUCCUGGGAACUCAUGUGACUUGGCGUGACGUCGAGGAGGAGCUCCAGACGACUCUCAACACGUCUUCUCAUUUCGGCCCCGAUAAAAGUGUCACCAAUAUUGGAGAUAUGAAGGUUUAUCAGUGAUAAAGAGACACAAAGGGACAAAAAUAAGCAAAAACGGGCUUGAAAAUGGUCAAAAGAAAAAAUCACAUGGAAGCUUCUUAACAGAAAAAAAUAUGUAGUUUUAGGCAUUCUCGUAAAAUCGAAGACUUUAAAGGCUCACGAUUUUUUAAAUUAACUUUUCAGGGCUUCAUGUCCCGAAUCUGCCUGGUCCAACCCGACUGGCAAGGGGAAGACGUCGAGAAACUACCCCAAAAAUUUGUCGUCAAGGUUUUUCACAUCACCUUUUCCGGUUAAUUAAGAUUUUUCAGAUCUCUUCUCAACUCGCUUUUGUAGAAAUGGAGGAAAAGUUCAAGGCCAUGGGUGGAGAAUUUAUCUCGUCAGAAAAGCUCGAGGGAUUGGUCGAAAUUUGCAAACAGGUUGGAAAUUUUUCAAGCCCCUUUUUUAACUUUUUUUUAGGCUCACAACUGUGAAGUGGCGACUUAUAAACUACUCAAACGCGAGAAUAAUCCACACAUUCCUAUUACGAAGGUAAGAAUUCAUCAAUUUAUCGAUAGAGCAAGGAAUCCUCACAGAUUUACGCCUCGAGGGGUUAUUCUGAAAGCAACAAGCUGAAAGGAUUUCUGGUCUCCGAAUUACUGGAAGAUUUGUACUCGGUUCCCGCGUAUGAAACGAUUUCCGCCAAGGAUAUUCUUCAGGUAACCGAUUUUUUUGGUCGCAUUUGGAAUGGCUAGUCGUGUCGCGGUUGCCUUUUUGGUCGCUCGCAGCUUUCGCGCGACGUCAUCUUGUAACCUAAAUGCAAAGUCGCUUCUGGUCGGGUGCAGAACAAAAUGACAAACAUUUUUGUCGACUGCAAAUUUUUGAGCUUUCACGUCAUAAUUUCGAAUUUUAUACUAUAUUCCCAUACUUCCAGUUGAUGACGUCAUAAUUCGUCGUAAUUUUAAAUAUUUCUCCGACCAUUUUAAUAAGCGUGAAACUUGAUGACGUCACUAAACACGAUGAACGACGUCAUAUCUUUGAGAGUUUCCUGAACUUCUUCUUAUAGCGUGAAAAAAGAUAAAAAGCAGGUCCGCAUUCAUUUUACUCACUUUCCCAGUUUGAAAAAAAAAUCAAAUCUGUAGAAGCUAUUUAAUAACGCGUCCGACCUGAAACGACUUAGGCCAAAACGCAUUGUUAAGCAUUAAAUCCGUAGAAACUCUUUCAUAACGCGUUUGACCUGAAACGACGCGCGCCAAAACGCAUUGUGAAUCGUUGAAACCGUAGAAGCUUUUUCAAGAUGCGUCCGACUUGGAGCGGCUUGUGCCAGAACGCAUCGCAAACGAAAUAUGCCUUAGAAGCUCUUUCAUAACGCGUCCGACCUGGAACGGCUUGCGCCAAAACGCAACGCGAAGCAUUUAAACCGAAGUAGCUUUCUUAAGGUUCGUCCGACUUGGAACGGCUUGCGCCAAAACACAUUGUAAAGCAUUAGGCGCCGCUUCCAUACUUUUAUUAAAAAACCGCGACGCUACGAGCCAUUCCAAGUGCGAUCAUGGCAUUUGAAGUCCCUUCUAGGAUCAAUUAUUUCAUAUUUCAGCCUCUGAGAGCGAUCGCCGCUUUCACUUCCCUCGGUGAAAAGCUUCCUGAAGAAGAAUUUGAUCACGUAGACCGUUCGGAUUUCGCCGCGAAGUUCAUUGAAGCCGCUUUUGAUGAUACGGUAUGCAUUUGACUGCAUAAAAACGUUAAAAAAAAUGGAUGUUUAAGGCAGUCCGAUCCACGAAAAACCUGUUACUUCAAAGCGUCAGCGAAGAGUACAAGGAAAAGACGGAGAAGCUGAACAAUUUGAUGGAUUUCUACUUCAAACCGGAGUAUUAUAAUAAACUUCAGUUCAUUCCUGAACAUUUAGGUAAAAUUUCAGAAGCAUCUUAGUGCAUUAUUAAUUUAUCAAGGCUACAAAAAGGUGCUGGUUCACAGUGAUUUAUGGUCGACUAACAUGCUUUUCACGAAACGCUAGGACAAAAGCUUGAAACUUCGGGCGGUUAUCGAUUGGCAGGUGGGAUCUCACCUGGUUUCCUAAUUUAAAUCAAUGUAUAUUGUUCAGACAGUUUCAUUCAGUAAUCCUGGCCAAGAUAUGUGCCGCCUAAUGAUCGCUUGCAUGAAGGGAAAGGUGAAUUUUAUCUUUCCCAUUUAAAAUUUUUUUGUGUUUCCAGGAACGGCGUGAGAACUGGGAAAAGCUUCUGGAGCAGUUCUACGCUUGGUUCGAGGAAGACAUGCAGGACAGACCGAUGCCCUACACUUUGGAGCAGGUAAACCGUGCGCUGGUUGCAUGUGGGCGGGGCUUGGGGUUUUUGAGAAAUAUGAAUUCGAAAAGUAGUAGUUGAGAAAAUUAUGUUUCAAGAUACUGCAGAAAUCUGAACGCUAAAUAUCAAAAUAAUAUUUUUUUUUCCACUUCGAAUCAGGUUAACCGUGCACCGGUUGCAAAUGGGCGGGACUAGAGGUUCAGAGGGUUUCUGUCCAUUUUACCCUAAAUAACUUGAAAAAAAGGGACUUUAAGCUUUUGGAUAAGUUGAUAGACUAUAAAAUCUUCGAAUGAAUGCUUUGUAGAUUUUAGAACAGGUAAACCGUGCACCGAUCGCAUAUAGGCGGGACUUGAGAUUUUUAAGGGCUUCUUUCAAUUUUACCGCAGAAAACUAGAAAAAAAGGGAUUUUAGGCUUCUGGAUAACUUGGUAGACUAUAAUAUCUUCUAAUGAGUGAUGUGUAGAUUUUAGAACAGGAGAGCCGUGCACUGGUUGCAUAUGGGCGGGGCUUGAGAUUUAUUGAAUUUUUCUGUGCCAAAUAGCUGUUUUUUCUGAAAAUUUGUUUGAAGAUCGAUACAAGUUUACUUUUAUCAGUUUCAUAAAAAAAAUUUUUCAGCUCAAAAAAUCCUACCGUAUGUACUUCCCGAUUGCUGCAUUUUUCGUACUGCCAAUGAUUGGACCAAUGUUGCAAAUGGCCCAAGGCGAUAUGGACGAGGAUAUUAAAGCUGUGGUGAGACUUAAUUGAUUCUGAAAAUUGAAAAAGUCAUGGUUUUUUCAGAUCAAAGAAGCGGCCAUGGAGAAACUCUACUGCCUGAUUGAGGACGUUUUGGAGAUGCACGAGAGAAAUUUGAAAGAAUUCCCCGAUUUUCAUGAUGUUUAG